AUGGGAGAUAACGGGAAGGAAGCAGAGAAAUCGGCAUCUGCCAUUCAGCAGGGAGGAACACUAGCAACAGCCAAGGCCACGGGGUCAUCCAAAAAUGAAACCGGCAUUCCAGGAAACCAAGGUGACAAAGCCUCAGAACAUAAUUUAUCUGAAUUUAUGGGAGGUGGAAUGAAGGAAAAUGAGCAAAAAUUGACCGAGAAACCAGCUGAGGAGGGAGCCAAGAAGCCAGCAGCAGUGAAAGCAGCAGCAGCAUUUGUGCCUGGUAUGAUGAUGCCUACCGAAGAAGAAAUGAAACGCUGGGCAGAAGCAAAAGCAAGAAAAGAAUUUGCCAUGGGAACCAAAGGCCCUGAUGAAGGUUUCACUGAAGUCCGGGGUCGCAAAAGCAAAGAAGGAAAAUCGAGUGGAGUCUCAUUUCCUGAAGAAGACAGACAGUACCGAACUGGAGUCAUCAUGCUCAGAUUUGGCAAGAAAGACGAAUGUGCCUUGAGUCCACAGGACCUUCCAAGCAUGUUCAAAAUCAUAGCCUCCAUCGACCCAAAAGCAAUCAUCCUGCCACACAACAAUGACGAAAAGAAUGGAAUUGGAGUCUCAGCCCUUGCCAAUAAGAAAACAGACUUCCUCAAGAAACACCUGGACGUAAAAGCCACAGACUGGGAACGUCGGGAAAACAACAAACAAAAGUUAGCAUUCAGCUUCUACAUUGCAUCGGACAAGAUUACCCCAGACCUCAAAGCACUCAGAGAGCACAACCUGUUUUCGCAGUUCCUAAAGGAAGGCAAAUUCAUCAUGGCCACACACCAGCUCAAUGAGUCCAACACAAAAGUUCUCGGAUGGUUUCAGGGCAAGUCGGCAAAACACACAUGGAGAAACGACUUAAGCGAGAGAUUUGCGGCGCAUCUAAACAUUCACCUGAUGGGGGAAACAACCGACACGAUGAAAGUGCAACUCAAAGUCAUGAAUAUCAAACAUGCUGAUAUAGGAUCAACAGUUGUUGCGGCAGUUGUGGGCCAAGCAGACUAUUCUGCAGCACUCGGUUGCUUGAAAAAGAAUCCAUACAAAGAAGUGGACUUCAUUCCAUUCGAACUCAAAAAGAAAACCAAACAUUUUGCAAAAGAGUUGGAGUUACACAAUAUCAUUGUCAACUCAGGAGGAGCAGUCAAAAUCACACAAGCCAACAGAGACUUCAUUGAAGGUCUGCGCCAGGCAAGACUCACAGAUUUUAAUUUGAAACACAAGGUCAUCGACAUUGCUGCAACAAGUCACACAAGUGAAUCGGGAACUUAUUACGUGCAGUGCCUCCGAAAUGACAAGGAGAUAGUCCACAAAGCAACUGAGACAUUCCUAAACUUGAGAACGAUUACGGAUCCACAGGCACCAAUUCCCAAAUUGACACCACUCCAACGCUGGGACGAUGCAACAAUUUACCCCAAUAGCACUGCCAACUCUGAGGAAUAUGAUAUCAAAAGCAAAUACAAACAUUUGUUAGCAGAUGACACCACAACCACUGGCAGAUCCAGCAUUGCUAGCAACCAGAUGGCGCGUUCCCUACCAACAACUAUUGAUGCCCAAAAACCAUCAUUUGCGGAAGCAUUAGUAGCCAACCUCAACAACCCACAACAGCAGGAUGCAUCAUCCAUAGCCACAUCCCAACUCAGUUCACCUGGGAACACAGUCAAGACGCAACGAGAAGAGGAGCUUGAAGAUGAAAACGCAGAUCUCAAAAUGAAAGUCCACAACCUAACAUAUGACAAAGAAGCUCUGACUCACACUCUAGAAACCAUGCAGAGUCAAAUUGACCAACUCACAGCAGCAGUCACAGCACUCUCAGAUCAAGUAUUGAAAAGCCCAGCCAGAAAGAAGCAAGAUAGCAAAGGCACUCCGAUAGGGAAGGAUGCAAGUCCAGACAUUAGAAUGGGGACCCCAGGAAACUAUGCCAAGGCAGUGCCAUCCAAACAUACUACCCAAGGAUCACCGAUGCAAGAUUCUGAAUUGACAAUAUUAGCACACAAUCUCAACUCCAAGUUCAAUGAUCAAGGUGAAGCCUCAAGCAAGGGUGAAACCCAUCCAUCAUGUUAG